AUGUUUCUGUGCAAAACGAAACCCACCGACAAGUGGCUGGACGCGCAGUGUGACGGUACGGCGGCAUUGCACACGCUCCCGUCAUGCAUGACGCUUUGCGAUCUGAAAAACGACAACUACUACCAGCUGGUAACGGUGGAUGUACCGCUGCUUGAUUUUGACGUUAAGCCCAAACUGAAGGUGUACAAGGGCACGAACCUGAUCAGCGAGCAGCAUCUGCCGGGGAUUCCGAGUGCGGUGGAAAGUUUAUACAUAAACGAUCAGGAACCGCGGAUACCCAUCAUUGCAGUUGCGGUGGAGUCAUCGGUGCUGUUCUAUCGUAACAUGAAGCCGUACUACAAGUACACCGUACCGAGCAUGACGAUAGAACCGCUCGAGGUAGAUGUGUGGAAGAAGCUACCGAUCGAACGAGGCGAUGCGCUUGACGUGCUGAUCGACAGUUUGCGCACGAUCGAACCCUCCCAGAUGACGCUGCAAACACAGGAGCUGCUUAGUUUGUCCGACAGUGAGCGCGGCGGGUACAUUCGAUCGAACGCCGAGCGCAAGCUCGAACGUCUGUCCAUCAUUACUUCGAUGACCACGAUCAAGAAAGCUUCAAAUGAUGUCAAAUCCGCGUCCUGCUUGAUACUAGCGACGGAGUGCGGAGAGCUGCUGGUGCUUGAUACACAAGCGUUCGUGGUCCUUGCGCAGGCCAAGGUUGGUCCGUUCCGUGGUACACCUAGCAUGAUCUCGGCCGGCGGGCAGUACGACAUCGAUUACCGCGUGGUGAUAGCGACACGAGAAGGAGCCCUCUACCUGCUGCGUAAAGGAUGGCUUGCGGGACAGCACAUCGUCAAGCUAGAGAAUCCGGCUGCCGGUCUGUCACUGUUGCCAAUUGACCAGACCAUUGUGGUCGUCUGCAUGAACCAAUCCCUUGUCUGCUACUCCAAAAAGGGCAAAAAGCUCUGGACGGUGAAGCUACCCCAGCCAGCCGUGUGCAUGACACCGGUCUGUCUGCCACAUCUCGGCAUCAACCUAGUGUGCGUAUGUCUGAAAGGGGGUUUGGUGCAGUUCUAUAGUCAGAAAAAGCUUGUGGACCAAUUCUACGCGCCCGAGUCAGUGUCGGCCCUAACCUUCGGCAGACUUGGCCAGGAGGAGCACGUCCUCAUACUAGUCACCAUCGAUGGUUCGCUGAUAGUAAAGAUUCUGAAGCGGACGGCGGAGUUCGUGACCACAGACAACGUGUACGACACAAAGACAGCCGAGGAGCCGCCCGGUAAUUUGCAGAUUCCGAAGAAGACAAAAAUCUUCGUCGAACAAACGUUGCGCGAGAAGGAACAUGCGGCCACCAUACACAAUUCGUUUCAGUCGGAACUUUGGCGCAUGCGACUUACCACCGCUCGGGCCACGGUGGACGUUAUCAGCUCUGCCGAUAGCAACAUGUCCACCGUUGACGUGGGCCUUGCUCCGAUCAAGCUAGCAGCGGAAGUCCUCGGUUUGGGACCAACGUUCAAGCUGUUUGUGGUGCUGGAGAACAUUUCCACCCGAAAGGAAGCCACUGGCUUGAACGUACUGAUACAGGCGGACCAUCGGCAUUAUCUAGUGGAGCGACCCUACCUAAAGCUGCCAAUGCUUGUGCCAGGAUUCCCCGUACGAUUGGACUUCCGGGUGACGGUUACCGUCGAUCCGUCCGAUGGGUUACCGCCAGUGGAUUUGACACCUGAAAACUCGCACAUUAAGGUGCUGGUGUUUAAAACCGGCCAGACCAAACCCCUGAUUGCAUCGACCGUGGUAAUGCCUCAACCAGAGCCACAGAUAUUGAACUCGUUGUAA